AUGACGAACCUCUGCUCAACGACUAAGGAAGCUGCGAUGAAGGCUCGGAUUGCCCAGCUCGAGGACAGCAUCCGUGCUGCAGACCGAGCAAGUGCUGGUCAAGCUAUGCGUCCCAACCUUCAUAAGUCGUCAAUGUCUACCAACUGUGUAUCACCAGUUGGGGCCAUGGCACCUGCACUAGUGGAGCACUCAGCAGGGAUUCCAGUCAUCUGCCAGAAAGGACUUACUUACCGUGUUACACGUCCACCCUCAAGCGCGUCAAUGAGAUCUGAAGAACCAGUCGAGAAUGUGGCCAUUGAUGUUGAUGCAGAUGGAGGCGUCUCAGAUGGCAUGACAGGCAUCCCCCCCAAGUCAAUGGUUGACAGCGAGAGCGAUGGUUUGGGAGUUGGCGAGUGGGAAGACAAAGGAGAAGAUGAUGAAGACUUCGUGAUGCAACAGAACCAAAGUGAUGACGAAGAAGCUGUACCAAUUUCUGUAAAAGGCAAACAGGUCGCAAAGGGCAAAAAGAACAAGGCACCACCUCGUGGAACGUUUCAUCAAGAUAUUCAAGAACUCCGCCAGAAUCCAGCCGUCGCUGGUGCUGUUGUAUCAACAAACAAACGCAAGGAUGUUGUGACGGUUGAGGAUGCACCGAGUGUGAAGCGCGGAAAGAAAACAGAUGGCGGGUUACUUCCUGGCUGGAAGAAGCAGGUAGGGUACCAGCUGGGCAUGAAGAAACAAACCCUGCCUGCUCAAAACGUUGAUAAUGAUCAAGACGACUGUGAUAAGUUGGGCGAGUUCGAUCAGGAGGAAACCCUGGAAGGCCUGGCUGCUGUGCAAGCGUCGAAACUGUCAAUGGUUAAGAUUCGAGAUGGGCAAAAGGGGGUCGAACUGAAGACCAAAAUCACCGAGAAUGGUGCAUCGGGCGCUGCGUAUGUUGCCAAAUGGAAGAAGGUUGCGUGCACAAUGAUUAUUGACAGGGGGGCUGUAGAACUCUGUGCCUACGCCGCUAUUGGCGCAUUCAUGCCACUCGUUGUCCAGGAUAUUUGGAGGGAGGUCUUUCCAGACCUCGACAUGUAUGAAUACAUGCAAUCGAGUGCGGAGGAACCGGUUGACGCCAUCAUUGCCCUGGCUGGGGAUGUCUUGACCAACUGGCGCAGCACUAUUGGAACCAGUGCAUUGCAGGUCCUCUCCAAUUUCUUCCGGGACCAGUCCUUCGCUCAAGACGACAUCAUUGCGUAUUGCAAAACUGAACGCCUGAACUUCAAGUUCAUAUAUCAAGACCCUUUGGCCCCUGCAGGCAAGAAGGGGGCACUCCAGUCUGACCUCAUCCUCGAGGUCUUUACCUGCCACUUCAAGAAGACGGCCUUCGCCGCAAAAUCAUAUGGUCUCCCAGUGGGAGGAUUGGGAUUGUCAACUGCUGCACUUGAAUGUGCGCUCUCCCUCUGGUCCUCUGGCAUGGAUCCUAUUAGAGAUGAAAAAGGGAACAAAAAGACUGUUCAGAUGUUCGGCGAGAGCGAGUGGGGUGAAAAAUCCUGCUCUUGGAUUUCGGUAGCCACGCGACUUGCGCCAAAGGACUGGGCAUCAAUUCUCGCCGAGGCAAACACUAGGGCGGGGAUCUUUUCUGCUGAUGACGACGAUGACCAUGACGAGGACAGUGUUGAUCCUCAAACUCUUGUUGAACUUUGUCUACCAAGUACCCUAAAUACGAAAAUUCAACAAUUUUACCUGCUCCAACCUCAUCCUAAGCAUCCCCAAUUCAACGCCAUUUGGCCAAGUCAUGGAGAAUUGUGGUCAUUUGGGUCUCGUUUGGCCGAUUUCCAGGUAAACUUGGGUGAUCAGGAAUCUUGGCAACAUCGGAUGACUGGCCCAAGCCCUCCCAAACAAAGUGCGAUCUUGCUGAUACAAAGCAAACCUGUCCGACAUACAUGUUGUGCAUGGGCUGAACACCAAGAACUCCGUUCUCGCGUGUUUAUAUUGGAGGGAAGGGACGUAGGCAAUGUUCCGGUCUAUGUGGAUAUCAAUGAAGUUAUCACCAAAGUUGAGUCAAUCUGGAAGACAAAGAGUCAUCCAAUAACUCAUGAACAACUUUCAUCAAACCUACCACCCAUCGUCAUGGACAACUACUAG